AUGCAGCUACCACUAUUGAUCGUGGCCUCUCUGUGCGGGACCGCUUGGACGGCCCCUGCGCCCGCGUUGAUCCCUCAUGCCGACGCCUUAGGUACUCUACAGGUCCUGCACUACAACAAUCUCGGACCCAAGAACAACGGGACGUCCGCAGUUUUUGUCCAUGACCGACUCACCAACGGCGAAGCGUCCGCUCGAUGCGCAGCCAUCGGCGAACAUCUCUAUCCUCUACCGGGCGCGCCGUUGGCCAAUCGGACGGAAUUAGAUUACCAAUUCGACUAUCUGGUAUUCUCCGAAAGCAUCCAGGGAUCGGAUGAUAUCUGGGUCGCUGCCAACUCCUCAGGUUGCCUGGCAUACUCUCCGGAGCAGAAAGACUUCAUCUCUGCGCCAUGCACGCGCAAGUUGUCUGCCCUUUGCACGUCGCGCGUGCCACCAACCACCGACAAGAAUCGGGCUGCAGUUCCGUCGUCCAAAAUCUCUGUCGCCUCGCGUGACUACACUAUCACCGGAUUCCGAGAUGCGCGCUCGUUCCGCUUCCUCGGUAUCCCCUUCGCCAACCCCCCGGUGAACGCUCUGCGACUGGCCCCGCCGCAGCCCUACACCGGCGUCAAACAGAUCGACGCGCUGCAGGUGUCGGCCUCGUGCAUCCAGUCUGACUCGGCAUUCGGGACACUGGGCAGUGACAUUUCGGAAGAUUGUCUCUAUCUCAACGUCUACACGCCCGUUCUCCCGCCCUCUGCGCGAAACACCACCGGGAAGCCUGUUGCCGUCUACUUCUACGGCGGCGCCUUCACCCAAGGCAGCGCCUCCAUGAUCGACUACGACGGUGGCAACUUGGCCAGCCGCAACGACGUGAUCGUGGUGACAGUCAACUACCGUGUCGGGGUCCUGGGCUGGCUGGCGACGGGAAAUCUGACGACGGGCAACUAUGGCACGCGUGACCAGAUCCAGGCCCUGCGCUGGGUGCAGCAACACAUCGCGGCCUUUGGCGGCGACCCGUCCCGCGUCACCAUCUUCGGGCAGUCUGCCGGCGGGCAGAGCGUCGUGGCUCUGCUCUCCUCCCCAACAGCGGCGCCCCUCUUCUCCGCCGCCAUCGCGCAAUCCGCCCCGGUUGACUUGCCCUGGUUCACGCGCGACGUCUACACCGACCUCGUCGUGCCCCAUAUCGCACCCGCUCUGGGCUGUCCACAUCACACCACCCCAGAAGCCAGCUUGGUCGCCUGUCUGCGCUCGCUCCCGGCCACUGCGUUCCUGGAUAACUCGACGGCUUUCGAAUCCGGCAUCGCCAACGCCUCCAACGCUACUGCAUACGGGUACCUCCAUGCCUCGCCCAUGCUCGCGUCUAUCGAACCGCUUCUGCCGAUUCUCGACCCCGAAGCAGGCAUCAUCGCCGACCAAUUUCACAACCUUUUGGCGUCUGGCAACUCGUCAGUCAACAGGGUACCCACCCUCUUCACCACCGUCGCCGACGAAGCGGCCCUCUACGUCCCGGAAUAUGCCUCGUCGAUGAAGACUUCUCCGGCGGCUCUCUCCACCCUGCUCAACCUCGCAUACCCCCCGGACCUAGCCAAUGCGCUUCUCAACGCCACCGCCCACCAAAUUCAAGGCCGCAACACCUCCCUCGUCCCGAUCAUUUCCUCCUUCCUCACAGCCAGCGAAUGGACCUGUCCUCUCUCCUCCUUGUUGAACCUUACUCACCACCACUCUAAAGCUCCGAUCUACAACAUCCAAUUCCCCAAAGGCCACAUGCAAACAAUCCUGGACACGCCUCCCACGUGCUCCCCCCUCGCCAACAACACUUUCAACGCCACCUGCCAUGCCGCAGACGUGCUCCCCAUCUGGGGUAACCUUAACAGUAAGACCAAGAACGUAGCUCCUUACUAUGGGGCCAACGAUCUGCAUCUAUCACAGGUCAUGGAGGAUGUCUUCGGGGCGUUUUUCCGGACCCGAAAUCCGAAUCCCGAGAAGGAGUGGUUGGCUACCAGAGGUGUUGGGUAUAGUUUUUCGAAGGGGGUGUUUUAUGGCGACAACGAGGAAAGCGGGGAUCGCAUCCAUCCGGUAGGAAAGGGAAGUAAGACAAGAGGGGUGAGUUCAUUGGGCUUGAAGUUGGAGAAGGUGCAGGAUCCUGGAGACACGGCGGUGUGUCGUGUGUUUGAGGAGUAUGGACAUACGUAUGACAGGGCGAGGAUGGUUUAG